AAUAUUUGGUGUAUCUCUUGUGGUAGACCACACGUCCUGUUUUUAUCUCAAAGCGUAGUGUAGCAACUAGUAAUAAUACAUCGGUGACCCAUAAUAAAUUAAUAACAACAACAACAACAAUAAUGAAGAGCAGUUAUGUCGUUUACAACAAUAUUAUAACAAUAUGCAUCACAUUAUCGCGUAGAGUGUAGACGCGAGAGACCAAAUUUUGCACAAUGACUGACGUGAUUACUGCGACAGACACCAAUCUGGAGAUAGACGAUGGCGGCAACGACGAAACUCGUAAGCGUUCCGCCACUCGUCUGUUGUCUAGGUCGUUAAGCAAGAUCAGCAACGCCACGUAUGACACCAAGAAGAACAUGGCACAGGGCAUGAUGGACAUUGCAUUGCUCACAGCCAACGCUAAUCAGCUCCGGUACAUAUUGGAGUUCCGCGGGAAAAAUUCUACAAAUUUCGUUCUACUAUUGGUGCUGAUCGCGUGUAGCCUCAUAUUACAAGUGUUUGUUGGAACUAUUCUCAUAUUCAAAGGUCGCAUGGAUUGCAUCAGUAGCAGCACGAAUAACGAGGUUACUAAGAUGGAUACCAUCAAAUUAAACAACUACGUAGUCCUCGGAGUGUUUCUUAUAACUGUCAUCAACAUAUUCAUCGCAGCGUUUACAGUAGCGCCGACCUAACAUUAUACUUAACACAAUAGUAGCACACUGCAUAUCACCAACAAUAUCUUAUCUAUACUGUAGCACAGCAGUAGCAUCCGAUCCGCGAUCUUCAAAGUUGUAAAAGUUGUACAACUUUGUUGUUUAAUUAUAAGAUAAGAACAUCCAUAUUCUAUGGCACAACCUGCCAAUAAAUAUGUGAUGAAUUUCAAUUAAUUAAUUAAAUUAAAAUAUAUAUAUAUAAAUGAA